AAAAGCUCGAUCUUCUUACCGAUUACUCACCAUGGAUGGGCACCAUAGUCAUAUAACGAUGGAUUUCAUUGACUAUUGUGAUCAGAAUAAAAUACUAUUGGCUAUAUUCCCGCCGCACUCAACGCAUACGCUGCAGCCGCUCGAUAUUGGAUUAUUUAAGCCACUAUCUACCGCAUACUCGAACGAGCUAUCAAACUUCACCGAUACCAGCCAAGGGCUGAUACCAUUCACCAAAUCUCACUUCUUCCCAAUAUUCUGGAGAGCUUGGUGCGCAGCGUUCAAGGAAUCAUCAAUUCUCCAUGCUUUUAGAGCUACUGGACUCUCACCAUUCAAUCCAGAAGUUAUACUUCAAAAAUUCAGAACUAUAGCUACUAAUAGCGAUAGAGACGUAUCAGUAGAAUCAGCGUCUAAUUGGAGAGCGAUUCGACAGCUACUUAAUCAAUCUACAAGUAGUAGAUCGAUCUCAGCGCUUAAUAGAAUCCUGAUGAAACUAUCCGCCGAUACAGCGUUUCUUCAACGAGAAAACGAGCAGCUCCGGGCAGCUCUCAUCGAUGAGAGACAGCGCAAGGAGCGUAUCCAGCCUGGUACGCUCGAGCUGUCUGACGAUUAUCAUGGUGGAGCUACUUUCUGGUCUCCACGGAAGGUGCGAGAAGCUCGCCGCCAAUAUGAGCAGAAACAGCGCGAUCAUGAGGAGUUACAACGCCAAAAAGCUAUCGCGGUUAAAGCUAGAGAGGAGAGAAAGCUACUCAAAGCUCAAGAACUAGAUGCGCGACGGCGGGCGCGGGCACAGGCAAAACUAGAUCGUGAGAGGCAGAAAGCUGAAGCAGCUGCCCACCGGAUAGCCCGCCAAGCCGCCCACAAACGACUUCAGAAAGCUAUCAAAAUCUCACAAAGGGGAAAGAAGCCUACCUUCAAGCGCUCUACUGAGCUAGCAUCAAAGAAUAUUAUCGUUGGCAGUAGUAGUGGUGGUGCGCAGCGAGCUAAUCGAUCAGCUGCACCACCAUCACCACGCUCGCGUUCAGGCCGCCCCAUCAAGCUGCCAAUCAAAUAUCAGUAGAUAGAUCAAAUAAACAAUACUACGAGAUUACUAUACUAGAGUUUCUCGCGAUAAUAGCUUUUAUGUAGAGCUCUACAGCUUCAAGUUUGUGAUAGUACUGUUGGGGAGAAAUCCGGCGUUGGCCCGUCCGCGGCGUUGGCCCGUCCGGCACCUC